GAUUUUAGAUUACAGACGGAAGUGACAUCAUCAUCUCAGACAGCCAUCACAAGUCUUCUAAUUAUAUUGAUCGGUUAAUGGCUAAUAAUAGAAGAAAGUUAAAUGUAUAGCCUAUUGUUUCAUUAUUGGACAUGAUUAUUUUUGAAGAAACUAAUACCUAAUCAGUGGAAGUGAAACUUCAUCUUAUCUGCGACUAAUUAUAAAAGGUUCAAAUCCGCCAUCUUUUAACAAAUAUUCUACUAGUUGAAUGAGGAAAAAUGGCGAAAAAAACAUACGAUUUGUUAUUCAAAUUGCUUCUUAUUGGUGACUCUGGUGUUGGAAAAACGUGUCUUUUAUUUCGAUUUUCUGAUGACGCUUUCAACACAACUUUUAUAUCCACUAUAGGAAUAGAUUUCAAAAUCAAAACAGUUGAACUUGGUGGAAAGAAAAUUAAAUUACAGAUAUGGGACACUGCUGGACAGGAGCGAUUCCACACCAUCACCACCUCCUACUACAGGGGGGCUAUGGGCAUCAUGCUGGUGUACGACAUCACUAACCCCAAAACAUUUGAAAAUAUCUCCAAAUGGUUACGAAAUAUUGAUGAGCAUGCCAAUGAAGAUGUGGAGAAAAUGAUCCUUGGAAACAAAUGUGACAUGGAGAAUAAAAGACAAGUGUCUAAAGAACGGGGAGAGGCUAUUGCCAAAGAACAUGAAGUUCCAUUCCUAGAAACAAGUGCAAAAGCCAAUAUUAAUGUAGAAAAAGCCUUCAUGGAUUUAGCACAAGCAAUAUUAAAUAAGUCACCAUCAAGGGAUGCUAGACCAGAGGGCCAAGUCAUAAAUGGUGGAAACAAGCCAAAUCGCUCUGGUUCAUGUUGUUAAGACUUCUCUCUCUCUGUGUGGAUUCAUUCAGAUUUCACUAAUAAAUGUACUGUCUGGUUAAAGUCAAAGCUUGUGUAGCUCUUUAGUUCAGGAUGUUCAGUUAAUAGUAACUUCGGAAACCUGAACUUGGUCACUUAUUUCUGUGGACCUGAAAACAUAGCAAUGGAUUUUCUUUUUGAAUAAUUAAUUGCUAUUUAAUAAUAACUAAUUAUAUAUAAUAAUAUCAUUAACAUAUAAUAUUUUUUGCUAUACAUAUAGAUUAUACCAUAAGUAAGUAAAUAAUGAUCCUAAAAAUUAGCAUUGCAGGGGGAAAAGUCAAAUUCCUUGCUUGCACUUGACCUAAAGUUGCUAUAUCUGAAAAAAACAAAAACAGUUAAGAAAAGAAACAUUUCAACAUUUUACUUUUGUUAGAAUAAAUAAUUUAUUUUCAUUGGUGGUACUGGGUGAGAAAGAUAGAGAAUAUGUGUUUACAAAAAAGCUGUGCAAGAGAAAAGUAUUUUUAUGUGUAAUAUUUUUAUGCACUUUAAUGCAUCAAUAUUUUGUUGCAUAGCAUUGUAUUGUUAAGGUAUUUUACUUGACAACAUUUUUUUUUGUGUUGACUCUUUACUUCUGUAUCAGGUUCAAAAUUUGUUACUGAAAAUAAAUUUGGUUUUUGGGGGAACAAGUAGCUGAAAGCAUAUUAAGUUUUAGGAGUAAUAUAUUAAUUAAAUUUCAACUUUUUUUUUUACCAGUAUUUUCAAAGACUUUUGAGACUUUUCUGAGAGCGUUGGGGGCUGCAUUUUUUGUUUUAUAAAUAAUUUUCCCAUAUAACUUGUAUAGAUUUUUUAAAAUUAUUUUUUAUCCAUUAGAACCUCCCGAAACUGUAAGCAUAUUAAGAAAAAAACAACAGUGCUUAUCAUAAAAAAGUGUAUUGUUUUUUAACACUCUGGUAUCUGUUUUUGUGUCUGUGUGCUUUAUUUUUUGCAAAAUGUGUUUUGUCAAAAUUAAUUUAUAUAGGUUGAUUAAAAAAAAUUAAAAAUUAGAACUCUCACUAAAGUACCUCUUCCCUCACUCCCCCCCCCCCCCAAGAAAAGCAGGGGUUUUUGUUAAUGAAAUUUGAAAUUACCCCCAUUCUUUUGGGGAAAUUAGGAGUUAAUAUACAUGUUGUUGUUUUUCAAAAUGUUUCAUAGAAACAAGUUCUGUUCAUAAUACUACUGCUGAAUAUAUAAGUUAAAGUGUGGGCAGAAAGUACCUUUAUGAUUUUCUUGUGUUCAUUUCUUUAAAAAAAAAAAAAAUUUGAUCCAUUUGUUCCUUUAAUUUUUCAAGUUUCACAUUUAAUGCUGUUCAAGUACUUACUUAUGUCAAAUUCAUGUUUUUGUGGCUUUAGUAGAGUAUGCACUAAUUUAUGAUCACAUGUACUGCCAAAAUAUAAAUUAUUAUGGAUGUAAGGUAAAUACCCACUAUGCUAAAUGAGGCUCUUAUAGACCAUGACCUCCCAUAGUACAUGUAACAAAUAUGCAAAAAAUGGAAAAAAAGAAAUACAUUGUAAGUACAAGUGAAGUACAUGUAUUUGAUUCUGAAGAUGGAAUAUUGUAUAUCUAUAUUCCUUAUAUUAAAUCUACAAAUAAAACUGGAAUUGAACAGCAGUGUAUGAUUGUGAUUAACAGUAAUUUGUACAUCUGGAAAAUUUAUGAUUUUGACAUUGCAUGGUUGCAUUUGUGUCUUCUCAUGAAUAUGGUGCACGCUCUGUAUUUUAAUCUGUUGGUUUCACAUAAAAUAUUUUGAUUUUCUGUAUCUUAUGACGUCUCUGGUGAUAAUUAAUUGAUUUAAGAAUGAGUUGACAGUUUGAAUUUGGAAUGAAAUGGAAAACAGUGAUUUUUUGGUGAGGGAGAGAUGAAAGUUGAAAAGUUGUAAAAUUGGAAUGAGUGAAGAGAUUGAUGGAUACAAUUCUUUGAAACUUUCUCAGUUUCAGCAACAUCUUUCUCUUGAAUAAAAUGUUUAUAAAGAAUACAUACAUUCAUUCAUGGUCAGUACAGUUGUAAAACUAUGAAAAUGGCAAACAAUAUCAGCAUAAUGCAGGUGUUUUUUUUUCUCUAAAAGCAAAAAAAGUGUGUGUGACAAAAAUUCAAAGUUUUUUUGAAAAAUCAAUGUCACAAAGUGAUCGCUAGUAAACAAGUUUUUUAUGCCAGGAAGGAUUAUUAAGUGUUGACCAGCCACUGUAGAAAGUGCUGGAAUUUAGUGAUGUGCUUACUGUGGCUUUAUCCACAUUUAUUAUGUAUAAGAAUACCCUGUAAAAUUCAUGCUUUCAGUGUUGACCAGAUGGACUAUGUUAGUAAUCAUUGGUGGCACAGCGUCUUCCAUUAGCAUAAUCAAAGAUGUCUUGCCACAGCAUCAUUACUGUGUUUUAUUUUUAGUAUUCAGAAGUCAAAGAAUGGUGUAUGUGUUUGCUAUUUUCAGUUGUAUAUAGAACUGUGUUAAGUUACCAGCAUACAAAUUUUGUACUUGAUACUGUGUAGAUCUAUUCUCCAUUUAGGCUUUUCAUAUUGCUUCUGAUAUUCACUCCUAAUUUUAUUCUGAAAUAAACUCAAAAAUCAAUUUA